CGUGUGCAUGGAUGAGUGGACGCAGUCCUCAUCAAUUUCUGGCUUUCAAUUCAGUUUGAGCGAAUACUUUGAACGAAUCGAGACGCGUUAACCAAUUUCGUAAUAUUAUCGGCAGCUCCUUGCUUUUUGCUACUUGCUCCUUGCAUCAAACGAAUAUGGCUCCCGCUAUAGAAGUAAAUGCCACCACGGCCACAACGGCCAUCACGACAAGCAGCAUUUUGCAGAGCACCAACUCAACAUCGACGAUAACUUAUAGUUACUAUACAACAGCUAGUACAACGCCAUUUUACUCCGAUUACGAUAAUCCCAAUUGGGUGCAACCCGACCCGGAUGUGUACUUCUAUUCCGGUUAUGCGUUCUACAUUGUGCUCGUGGUGUUCUUCAUCAUUUUACUUCCAUUUGCGAUAAUAAUGAGCGCUUUACAACGCAAACGCCAGGAGCAGGCACGCCGUCUAAUUGAACAGAGGCAACGAGCUCGUCGACAAAUGGAGAUUAGUAUCACCAACAAUAAUACAAAUACUGGCGGUGGCAAUGGUAGCGUUUCCAUUGAGACUGAAAACGACGUGUCCAUCUUGCCCAAGGGAAUGGAUUUACCUCCCAGCUACGAUGAAUUAACAUACAGCACGAACGUGAAGCAAACGGGUAGCCUUGGAGCUUCCACGUUAACUAUAACCACCGAUCUGGGGUGCAGCAACGCAAAUCUGGCAGCUUUUAAUGAGCCGCCUCCCGAUUAUGUUGAGCCUGCGGCAUGUGCCACUACAACGACAACAACAACGCCAACGGUUGUGGUCAGCGGUCCAGCUGCGAUGCCCCAAAUCUAA